UGAUAAUUUCUAAAAGAACGUGAGACACAACACACGAUUAAAUUCAGUAGGCUUUUAAUUUUAUACUCAAAUACAGCAUUCUGGGCAAAACUCCAACCAAAAUGAGUCUUUACAGCAUAACCAAGAUUAUAAUUUUCAUCUUGAUUCAACUAAAAGAUUUUUCAUCAACGCAAGAAAUCCAUUUAGAAAACGAUUUGACAAAACACAUAGACGAAUGGGUUACCAGCAUAUUCUCAAUUAGUGGCAAUGAUGGAGUCCAUAUCAUCACCCAAAUGAUAGGCUGUACACCGAAAGAAUUCGAGUACAAUAUCACUAACCAUGUAAAUCAUUCCCAAACUGAAUUCUUGUUCCAGAGGAUUCACUUGACGUUAAAAGGAGAAUCAGAGCAAAUCGAAUUCGAUCGUCCACAAAUUCAUUGGAACUUCGCUGAGAAUAAAAUAAAUUUCGUGUUCCUCGAGAUUCGCAUAAAAAUACAGGCUGGGAUUGCAAUAGCCAAAGCACAGCCCAGAGGCAAGAGAUGCUCUUCCAUGAAUGAUUACAUAUGCUGGUGCUCUUUUGAAAAUUUUACCAUAAGUGCUGUUGGAACACGUGUCAAAGAUGACCAAUUGAAAGUCUCGUACAAUACUACGUACAGCAGUUUCGGUAUCACGGAUCUACGUACAUUCAAUCAAAUUUCCAUGAACGAGAAUAAAAAUUUAGUACAGGAAAUCACACCAGCUAUGCAAAUGAUACUGGAACAAAACUUUCACAACAACGUGAAAUUUAUCCACGAACUCGAUAAAAUUUUCCAAGUACAGGAAGAGCCCAGAAAAAAAAUAAUUUCAGCACAUCCGCAUUUCUCGACCAACCCACAACAAUGCAACUACCUCAUUCAGGAGAUUCCUUUUCUCGGUUUCAUUUUAAAACGUAUCGUCAUCAGUGGAAUGUCAAAUUUUGAAUCAUAUAAUGUUGAUCAUUCGUCAAAUGAAACGUACACGCGCACAUUGCUUAUUAGGAAUGUUCAAGGAAAUAUGACUUUGGAUUACUGAACUGAAAAGGAAAUCCCUUUAGAGUUGAAUUUCCAAAUAGACUGUUUGAUGGUAUCGAAGAACGACGAAACCGAUCGUGUUUAUGGCCUGCCAAAAAAAUACACUGUGACUCGAACAAACACGAAUGUUUUGUUGAGCCCAGCUCAGUCGGAAAUGAUUUUAAGUAGAUUGGGAUCAGCCAUAGCUUCUAAAUUAUUGUCGAAACAAGGUGA